CCGCCAUUAAACCCCACGGAAGAAGAAGAAGAACGACGACCCACUACUGUGCUGUCAAAGGGAUAACCUUUGUGUCCGUUUCAAAUGUAUUACUACAGGCCGACUCCGAUUAAGUCUGAGGCCGGUAACAUCAACAGUGAGGAUGAACCCAGCCUGCCACUCUCCUUCCACACUGAGUCCAAACCUUCAGUCACUGGGUCCUGAUUGUGACAGUGGAGCCCAGUUUGCACUGCAGGAUCCAGAGAUGGCAUCAGUGAAGCUGGAAGACUGCAGUCAAACACUGGAGCUGAAUGUCAACAUUAAAGAUGAAGAAGAGGAGGAGGAGAUUGGGAAAUCUGUUUGUGAUGGGGACCAUGUUGAGACAUUCUCUACAUCCAGAGAGCAACAGCAGGAAGAUCACAGAGCUAAGAGGUCUCACCACUGCCCACAUUGUGAGGAGAUUUUCCCGUUUCUAUCAGGGCUAAAAAUACACCUAAAAAUACACACAGGAGAUAAUCCUUAUUCCCACACUGACUGUGGGAAGAGAUUCACAACAUCACAUUCUCUGACAGAUCAUCAGAGUGUGCACUCUGGAGAAAAGCCUUUCUCCUGCUCUGACUGUGGGAAGAGUUUCUCUCGACUGAGCCAUUUAAAAAGACACCAAAGUAUACAUAAAGGAGAGAAGCCUUACUCCUGUUCUGACUGUGGGGAGAGUUUUGCUCAACUGGGGACUUUAAAAAAACACCAACGUAUUCACACAGGAGAGAAGCCUUACUUCUGUUCUGACUGUGGGAAGAAUUUCUCCCGAUUGGAUACCUUAAAAACACAUGAACGUAUACAUACAGGAGAGAAGCUUUACUCCUGCUCUCAUUGUGGAAAAUGCUUCACAACAUCAACUGAGCUAAAAGUUCAUCAGAGAACACACACAGGAGAGAAGCCUUACUCCUGCUCUGACUGUGGGGUGAGUUUCUCUCGACUGGGCCACUUAAAAACUCAUGAAAGUAUACAUACAGGAGAGAAGCCUUACUACUGCUCUGACUGUGUGAAAUUCUUCACAACAUCAACUGAGCUAAAAGUUCAUCAGAGAACACACACAGGAGAGAAGCCUUACACCUGCUCUGAUUGCGGGGCGAGUUUCUCGCAACUGGGCAACUUAAAAACACAUGAACGUAUACAUACAGGAGAGAAGCCUUAUUACUGCUCUGACUGUAGAAAAUGUUUUAAAACAUCAACUGGGCUAAAAGUUCAUCAGAGAACACACACAGGAGAGAAGCCUUACACCUGCUCUCACUGUGGUGUGAGUUUCUCUCGACUGGGACACUUAAAAACACAUGAACGUAUACAUACGAGAGAAGCCUUAAACAUGCUCUUGCCUGUGGGGCAAGUUUCUUUCGACUGGGCAACUUAAAAACACAUGAACGUAUACACACAGGAGAGAAGCCUUAUUACUAGGGCUGUGGCGGCCAUGACAUUGUGUCAGCCGGUGAUUGUCAUAUAAAUAAUUACCGGUCUCAUGGUAAUUAACCGGUAAUUAACCUAAACAUGUUUAGCAUGUCCUGGCUUCCACGCAUAGCCUACAAGCCACUGAUGCGGACCUUUUGAAACAUCUACAUUGUAAAAAGUAUAAUACAUCCAUUUAAUAUAGUCUACACCUUCACAAUAAAUCCAUUAUUUAUUUUAUACAGGUCUAAAGAAACAUGAUAUAAAGAAAAUGUAGCCUAUUUCAGAAGAACAAAAUAGCAUAUUCUGAGUUAUCCUUACAGUAUGUUAGGUCCUGAUCUGGCUUGGCCAUAUGGCUGUGGGCAACAUUAGUUCAUUUAGCAGACAGUCCUUACAGUAUGUUAGGUCCUGAUCUGGCUUGGCUAUAUGGCUGUGGGCAACACUAGUUCAUUUAGCAGACAGUCCUUACAGUAUGUUAGGUCCUGAUCUGGCUUGGCCAUAUGGCUGUGGGCAACACUAGUUCAUUUAGCACACGAUUGAGCAUAGCUGAAAUAAAGAAAUGAUUCCCCCAAGAAUUUCAGAGGAAGUGUGCACUAUUCUGUGUUCUGUGUUAACAGGUCCUCCUAUCUGCUUACUUUAGAUUUAUUUGUGCAACUUUAGUUGGGAUUUAAAUGUAUGUUUAGAUGUUUAAUACAUUCUAAGGCUGCAUGAUGCAAGUCUAAUGAUGAUUUGAAAAAAAGUUGGAUGAAAGGCCUGAGCUCUGCAUUGUUUCUUACACAGGCUGCACACACUUCAUCAGUCUCUCAUUCACAAUUUGACAAGCACUUGAUCAUAUUCUCAACCAUCAGACUGUUCAUAAUUUAAUCUCGUCUUUACAUACAGCCUACUAAUAUAUGUGUAGACAUCUUUUUCAAUUAAAAAAACCCAUGUCAUCCGUAGCAUGCACUCGCAUAGCGAAUGGAGGUUACAGCGUGUCUAUAAGGCUAGAGGAAGCUAAGCUUUCACUAAAGUUAAUUGAAUUAAAUUGCCAAAAUUGUAUAGCCUAAUUAGCCUACUCCUGUCUAUACAGAAAUAAAUAAAAUCCUUCCAAAUAGGCUACUAAAGUAUGAUUUGGCCUCAGAGGAUCGUUACCUUCUUUAAAAUAUAAAUAAGUUGUGGAUUGUUUUAAAUUGAAUUGUCUACAGUCGGAAGGAAAGGCAUCGUGCACAAUUUUGGCAGAUUAUUGUUGAGUUGAGACUGUCUGACAAGUAGAGAGGCCAAGCCAGACAUAUCACAAUAUUUUCAAAAUACAAUCGUGGGGAAUACAUACACUACAUGGUCAAAAGUAUGUGGACACGGACUCAUCG